UUCCGCACAGAAGAGCAAAAUGUGUCCCUUAGGUCCAUGUGUGUUGUCUCCUCUCUUCUUCCCUCAUUAGGGCUCUCUGGAUGAGAUGCUGCUACAGGCUGUGGUACCCAGAAUAGCGGCGAAGAAAAUAGAAACCCAUUAAGAUGAAUAUCAAUUUUAGACCACAACCUGACCCUCAGCUGAUCCCCUUGGGAACCACGCGGCAGGCGGCAAAUGAGGGCUCUUCUGGGAAAACAAGUUACUUAGUUUGCAGACACUCUCCACACCCAAAGACAGUGUGCCACAUUAGAGGACUAAAUGAUGCACCUGUCUGUGUUGUGAAAGACCGAGGAUACAAUGAAGGACGCUUCGUUGACUCAAGCACAGAACAUGCUCAUCUUCUCAGUAACACUGCAAUGCCUUCUGGCAGUUCUUUUCCCAACAAUACCCUGCCAAGCCUGGUACAAGCUCCACUUAGAGCGAAUGUUGGACAGCUUAUGAGAGAUGAAAUUGCAGAGCUCAAGCAAAGAACAGGAAACACCCCACUUUUAAAGAGAAGGGACGAUCCUUUGAGGAAAUACUUUGCAGACAAUCCACAAAGUAGGAUUCCUCCAGAGCACCCUCUAUUACCUGCCCCGGGUACGCACUUUAGGCCAGACAUCAUCGAGAAUAUGAAUUAUGCCCCUACUUACCUGGAACAGGAAAUAAAAAUCUUGGAAAGGCUUCGUGAUAUUUUACAGACAGACUCGCUUGCAGAGAUCCAAACCUGGUUAUCAAAGGCAACUCUAAGAGAGAAGGAGUUUGUGUCCAAUUUCAUCCGUUCCGACGUGACCAGCCGAGAUCUGCUGAAUUAUCAGAAAAGGGCAGUGAAAGAAGCUGACGCAGAGGCUCUGAGUUUACGAGAUAUGCUGAAAGCUGAAAGAGCACUUCAGAAUAAACCAGCAAGUGAAGAGAGCCGGCACAGGCUUACAAGCAGAGGAACAGUAUCCAGUAAAGGCAGGGAGAGUACACACCCAAGAGAGAAAAUCCGAAUCCCAACUUCUGAGACUGUAGAGCGUUCCCCCAGCAAACUCACAGUUCUUCAAAGUCACCCCCACAGUCCUGCAUUAUCCCAAAACAGCGCCCAGUUGCUGUACAACAAGGCUUACUCUAAGCGACACAACGCUGCUUCAAGAGGUGAGACCCGAUUUCAGAGCAUCUGAAAAUCAGCACAAUGCUUUUCUUGGAAGAUAACAUGUACAGUGAAUCUCACACAACUUCCCCCAAAGCUCUACAGUGUCAUUUUUGUUGUCAGAAAAAGUUUAUAGCUACACCAUUUAGACUUUAAGAGU